GUGCGGACUGCAGAAAAGAGAAGGGUACAGUUGAGGCCUCACUGCGGAGUGUGUGGUGUGACCUUCUUUGUAACAAAGACAGGAUUAGAAGACAAGGACAGGAUGGGCUACCAUCUGCUUGCCUGCCUAGUGGUGGUGAUGGUGGUGUUAGGUAAUGUUGGCGUUGUGCCUGUGGUGGGCCAAAAGGGAGAUCCCCAAAACCUUCCCUUUAACAAUGCAACCAAGACUCAAGUGUCUGAGUGGUUGGACCGCUGCAAUGCCACUGCUGGUGAGGGGGCUGUGAAAGACAUAAAGAAUUCUGUUGGAGAAUUAAUGGAAUGUGUACAGAAACACAUCAAUUUUAACAAACUGGAGGAGGAAGUGAAUGCAAGCAUUGCAAGAGGAGAACUGGAUGUGGUCUUCAAGAAGUACUGCAAGAGAAGAAGUAGGCUCAUGGCUUGUGCUGAGGACAUGUUUACAAAAGUAGAGCGUUGCGCUGAUGAAAAACAGAAGCAGGACCUCAACAUUACGCGCAGGGUUAUUCAUGCAGGAAUAGACUUUGUGUGCCACAACGAUGGUGAUAGAAUUGCUCUUUUCAUGGCCGAAAAAGGACAGGAAUGUCUUAAGAAUCACUCAAAGAAUAUUGAGGAAUGCAUUGAAGAGAAGGUCCCAAGAAUUAAAGACUACAAGAAUAAUAGUGAUGGAGUAGAUAUUACAACAUUUACUAUUGAUGAAGAGAAUUGCAAGAACUUGCAAGGAGUACAGGAGUGUGUGGUGAAACAUACAUCCAAGUGUGAUGAUGAAACCCCAGCUAAUAUUUUAGGAUCCCUCAUGACACAGAUGCUCAAGGUGACGCCAUGUUCUCAGGCAAACGGUGCUUCAACCCUCUUGUCUCAUACUCAGCAUCUUCUUCCUCAUUUACUCACUCUGCUGGCUGCUGCUCUUACUGCGGCCAACUUACUUCUAUAGACUAGUUAUUUAUUUGUACGUGUGAAUUACAUUUAAUUCUCUUGAGUUGAACCAAAGCAAAAUUAAAAGUUUCAGUAUUAUUUAAGAUAUGAAUCUUAAAAUUUACAGAAGGGAAAAGGCAUCUUUAAUAAUACUAGCAUGAAAAAUAAAUGCUAGAAUUGGGUGUCUAUACUUUGGUCAAGGGUUACAUAAUUAUCAGUAAGAAGUGUAUUGUACAAUAUUUAUUGAAUCUGAUAGUGUUAGGACGUCAUGUUUAUCGUUUAGAAAGUUUAAUAGGUGUAUAAUGUUUUUCUGACUUGUCUUCAUAUGUAUGGAGCAAAAUGUUUCCUCCCUUUGAUGCUUUUUGGUGAUGGAGAAGGAUUUACACCUAGGAGAUCAUCCACAACUCCAUAAAGGGUGGAAGAGACUCUUUUACCAAUCCAACCCCCAUUAGUGAAAAAAUGUUUUGAAAGAAAUGGUGUAUAAAGUAUAGAAUAAUAUAAUCAUUACAUGUCUUGGAGAAAAAUAAUACUGAUCUUACAAUAUACUUCCAAAACUGGCUAAUCAAUUUUUUCUCCAUAAUUUUCAAUAGAUUUUGUAAUCUAAGCAUGUCACAUUGAUUUAUUUUAUUUCCCCCCAAAAAAAUGUAAUAUGGUGUGUUGGAUGUACAUUCCAGUUCCAGAUAGGUGUUGACAACUCAGGUCUCUCUCUCUCUCUCUCUCUCUCUCUCUCUCUCUCUCUCUCUCUCUCUCUCUCUCUCUGAAUGCAUUAAAGUAGUUUCAGUAUUAAGCUAUUGUGUACUGUGAUGAUACUCUAAUCCACUCAUCAUUUUCACUGCAAUUCUUUGUGAAAUUUUAUUCAGGUUCACUUCAAUUACGGUUGGAACCUUAAUACAAGCUCCCUAGAUCUUG